AUGGUUGAGGGUGAAUCAAGCAAUGCAAGGAGAAGGCUUAAAAUGCAAGCCGAUUUGGAGAGAAUGACUCAAAGGAUGGAAGAGUCUGAUGCAGAGGGAUAUGUCUACUCUGAGGAGAAGGAGGGAAAUGGCUCUCCAAAUGAAGAAGGAAGUGAUGAGACUGAGAGUGAAGAGGAAGGAGAAGAGGUGAAUCAAUUGGUUGAUAAGAGUGAGCAAGAAGUAACCAAGAUGAGCCAUGGAGAGGCUGAGCCACAAGAGGAGGAGGAAAAACUCCCUAUGUACCAAGAGCACUACAAUGCUCUCUUCUCCAUGGACUUUGUGGAGACCAAGUACCCACAUGAUGACACAAUGAAGGCUUGGAUCUUUGAGAUGUGGAGUUGGUACUCAAGAACAUGCAAUUGGCAAGUUUUCUCUCACCGCAUGGAGUCCUACAAGGAGCUCACUUGGAGAGAGGAAGAUGGUAACCUUCAGGCAGCUAGAGAUACUCUUUGGUUCACUUAUGGAGAAGGAAACCUAUGGAAUAUCAAGGAGAUGAACUCCAAAGAGUAUUGGGCUACAAUCGCUGAAGAGGGAAGGCCACUGGUACAAUCAAUGAGGGAGAAGUCAAGCUCCUUGACAUGGGAAUUAAGCCCAUCAUCUCACGCACAAGGGAUGGGAAGAAGAUCAGAGGAGAUAGGGCACACGCAGGAAACUUCAUGCCUCUCCUUGAGCAGCUGCUCUCCUACAAGGUCACGGCCUACAACACUCGGCAAAAGGGAAGGAAACUUAGUGUUGGAGGGUCAUCACGCCAAUCUUGUGCAGCUGGAGUCCAACUGA